AUAUUUUGUGGAUUAAUUGUACAUUAUAGUAUUGGAUGUCUACAAUGGGAUGGAUUGUGUUUUAAAGAAGGUAGCAUUUUUAAACUUAUCGGAUCGCUGAAUUCUAUAAAUUUCUUCCUAUUCUAACCAAUUUUGAGCUUUUUAUCCAACGAAAAUUUAUAAAAAACUGAUCACGAAUCCGUAGGCAGGUUUUUUUGAAACAAAAACACCCGAAAACCAAGGGAUAGAUUGCUGAAAUUUUUAGUAUGCAAAUGGUGAAUGAUUUGAAAGAGCAGAUUGAGUUGAGUUAAAUUAUAACAAAAUUAUUUAACUGUCAGUCGGUUAAUUCAAUUUCCCAUAGUCUUUCUUGGUGUCAUUCAAUUCGGCUUGAUAAGCUCUUUCAAAUAUAGGGAAGGUGGAAAAUCAGGAAAGUACCAAAUAUUUUAAUGGAUCCCAGGCCAAUUGGAAAAUUAUAAAAAUUAAAUCGAGACUAAUUUAGAUCGAAACAAUAUUGUUGCUAUGAUUAACUUUAGUAUUAUAUUAUUAAAUACAACUUUAUAUGUUUUAAAUUUUUUAAAAGUGAAUACUGUGAAAUUUGAAAAAUAUUCUAUAAUAAUUUGUAAUGUAAGUUUAGUAGUAGCUAUUGGAUUCAGGCAAUGGUUUUUGAUUAAAAUACACAAAAGUGCAGAUGUAUAUAUAUUUGAUCCAAUAACAAUGUAUAUUUGUUUUAUUAUUUUUUUCUUUAUUUGGGAAUAUUUAAUUAUUACAAAAAGAGCUUUGAAUAAUGAAGGAGAAAGGAAAAAUAAUUGCAAUAUUAUUAAUGGAAAAAUAAUAUUUGGAAUAAUUAUCUUUGGAGUAAGUGCUAUUAUCUUUGGAACAGGUGGUCUUUAUUCAACUACUUACAACCUUGCAGGUAAAAAUCAUAUUUUUUUGAUUAAAGAGAAUAAAAAAUUAUUUUUAAAAUUUUUUAAAUUUUAGAUUUAUCAUUAUUUGUAUAUAUCAUCAACCUUAUUUUUGUAAUUAUUAAUAUUGUGAUUUUAUAAAUUAUUUCAAUGGCGCUUACUAUAAAUUUGAGAGAAUUUAUUCAAUUGUUGGAAUGGUCCUUUUUAAUAUUUGUUU